AUGGUCAAACUAUCCUCUUGUAACUCUUGGCUCUGUAUUUUCUUUGUCUCACUCUAUUACUUCUUCACUUGCUUAGCUAAAAAUACUAGAAACAUCACCACUGAUGAAUUUGCACUUCUUGCAUUCAAAUCCUCUAUUACCUUAGACCCUCAUCAUAUAUUUAGUAAUUGGUCAAUCUCAUCUCCAUCUUUUUCCUCUUCAUGCAAUUGGGUUGGUGUUACUUGUGAUGCACGUCAUGGAAGAGUAAAAGCAUUGAAUCUUAGUAACAUGGGCCUUGAAGGUACAAUUUCUCCUCAAUUGGGAAAUCUAUCUUUCCUAGUUGUUCUUGAUCUACGUAGCAAUAACUUCCAUGGUUACUUGCCACAAAAGUUACUUCAAUUACAUAGAUUGAAAUUGUUGGACUUGAGUUACAAUGAUUUUGUUGGAGAAAUUCCUUUAAGGAUAGGGGACUUGUCUAAACUUCAACAUUUGAAUUUUGGUUAUAAUAAUAUUGUUGGAUUUAUUCCUCAAUCUAUAUCCAAUUUGUCAAUGCUAAAGUACUUAGAUUGGAAAUCAAAUUUCAUCAAAGGAACUAUUCCACAUGUUAUUGGUCAACUUCAUCGGUUGAAAAUUUUGGAUAUUAGAAAUAACAAGCUCUCUGGAAUCAUACCAUCAACAAUUUCGAACAUGUCUUCACUUGAAGAAAUCUAUUUAUCUAAUAACUCCUUAUCAGGAGAAAUUCCAAAAGAAAUUGGUGAUCUCACACAAUUGAGAAUUAUGAACCUCCAAUAUAAUCUUCUCACGGGCAACAUAUUAUUCAUGUUCAACAACUCAUUGUUGCAAUACAUGUAUCUUGGUUUUAAUAAUCUAUCUGGCAUUCUUCCAUCAAAUGUUUGUCAAGGGAUUCCAAACCUUAGAUAUCUCUAUCUUUUUUCUAAUGAUCUUUCUGGUGAGAUGCCAAAAGUUUGGCGUAAUUGCAAAGAAUUGGAAGAUUUAGAGCUAUCUUACAAUAAUUUUGACAAAGGAAGUAUGCCGGCUGAAAUUGGAAAAUUGACCAAGCUUCAAUAUUUGUAUCUUUCUAAAAACAACUUGGAGGGUGAAAUUCCAUUCUCCAUCUUCAAUAGCUCUUCUUUGAUGGAGAUCAAUCUUGACAUAAACAAUUUAAAUGGAAGUCUCCCACAUGAGAUGUGCCAAUUUCCUCAACUUGAAAUAUUGACUCUACAUGAUAAUCAUUUUCGAGGAAUAAUUCCGCCAUCGAUUGGCAACUGCACAUUGUUACAAAGGUUAACUUUAGUAGAUAACUUCUUUACAGGUUCGAUACCAAUUGAGUUUGGCCAUCUCAAUCAACUUCAAUUUCUACAACUGGGAAGAAACAACCUGAGUGGAGCUAUUCCUUCAAAAAUCUUCAACAUUUCAACAUUGAAAAGUUUGCUUCUCGAACAGAAUUCUCUCUUCGGCAAUCUUCCAUUGCAUGUGGGAUUUGGCCUACCAAACCUACUACAAUUACACAUGUAUGGAAACAAUUUUUUUGGAAAUAUUCCAAGUAGUAUAUCCAAUGCUUCAAAUCUUGUUCAAUUUGACUUGAGUGCUAAUCAAUUUAGCGGUAUUAUACCCGAUUCUUUCGGAGAUUUAAGAGUCCUCGAAUCACUCAUCAUAGCUGGCAAUAAUUUAACAUUAAUAGAUGAUUCUCAUGAAUCCAACUUCUUUACUUCACUUACAAGUUGCAGAUAUCUGAGAUAUCUUGAUGUGUCAGAGAACAAUUUACUAUCAAAACUUCCCAACUCCAUUGGAAACUUAUCUUUAGAAGAUAUUUGGGCACAUUCUUGUGGAAUUUAUGGAAAUAUUCCACUAGAAAUUGGAAACAUGAGCAACUUGAUUCGAUUAUCUAUGUAUAGGAAUGAUUUAAAUGGAGUAAUCCCAAGUACAAUUAAAGGGUUAAAUGAACUUCAGUCUUUGGAUCUUGAAUAUAAUGGAAUGCAAGGAUCUAUAGUUCAUGAGCUUUGUGAAAUUAGGAGUUUGAGUGAGCUGUAUUUAACAAGCAAUAAGCUAUUUGGAGUGUUACCAACAUGUUUGGGAAAUAUGACUUCACUUAGAAAGUUUCACAUAGGAUCUAAUAGGAUAACUUCUAAGAUACCUUCUUCCUUUUGGAAUAUCAAAGAUAUUUUAGAGGUAAACUUAUCAUCUAAUGCUUUAAUUGGAAACCUUCCACUUGAAAUUAAGAAUUUAAGAGCUCUUAUACUAUUAGAUCUUUCAAAGAAUCAAAUUUCAAGCAACAUUCCAACGGCGAUAAGUUUCUUGACAACUUUAGAAACUCUCUCCUUAGCAUAUAACAAAUUGAAUGGUCCUAUUCCAACAUCACUUGGUGAAAUGUUAAGUUUGAGUUUCUUGGACUUGUCUCAAAAUCUUAUAACUGGUGUGAUUCCAAAAUCAUUAGAGUCACUUUCUUCUCUUAAGUACAUAAAUCUAUCAUACAAUAGAUUGCAAGGAGAGAUUCCUGAUGGAGGACCUUUCAAAAGCUUCACAGCUCAAUCUUUUAUGCAUAAUGACGCACUUUGUGGUCGUCCUCGCUUACAAGUACCUCCAUGUGAUAAACAAAUUAGGAAAAAAUCAAAGAAAAAGAUGAUAUUAAUCAUUUGCAUAUUAUCCAUAAUUGUUGUGUUAGGCAUUUUGGUUGUUGCAUGCAUAAUGCUUCGGAGGCGUAAAAGGAAAAAGGUUGAAAAUCCACUUAAAAAAAGUGAUUUGUCAGCUAAUUUAGGGUUUCCAAGAAGAAUAUCCUACUAUGAAAUUGUGAAAGCAACUAACGGAUUCAGUGAAAGUAAUUUACUUGGAAAGGGCGGCUUUGGAUCUGUGUAUCAAGGAAUGCUUUCUAGUGGGAAGAUGGUGGCAAUUAAAGUACUUGACUUGACAUUGGAGGCAACAUCAAGAAGUUUUGAUGCAGAAUGUAAUGCAAUGCGUAACCUUCGACAUCGAAAUCUUGUUCAGGUUAUCAGUAGUUGUUCAAAUGAUGAUUUCAAAUCUUUGGUGUUGGAGUUUAUGUCAAAUGGAAGUGUGGAAAAAUGGUUACACUCAGAGAACUAUUGUUUGGAUUUCUUACAAAGGUUGAAUAUAAUGCUAGAUGUGGCAUUUGCAUUGGAGUAUCUACAUCAUGGUUCUUUCAUACCAGUGGUUCAUUGCGAUUUGAAACCUAGUAAUGUUUUACUAGAUGAAGAUAUGGUUGCACAUGUUAGUGAUUUUGGCAUUUCCAAGCUCUUGGAUGAAGGACAAUCAAAAACUCAUACGCAGACAUUAGCUACUCUUGGUUAUGUUGCACCAGAAUAUGGAUCUAAGGGAGUCAUUUCAAUUCAAGGAGAUGUAUACAGUUAUGGGAUAAUGCUAAUGGAAAUGUUCACAAGAAAGAAGCCAACAAAUGAAAUGUUUUCAGAAGAAUUAAACUUGAAAACUUGGAUUAGUGAAUCAAUGGUCAAUUCAGUUAUGGAUGUUGUGGAUUACAAUUUAGUCUCACAACAUGAGGAAGAACUUCAUGAAAUUUUAGCCUUAGCAUUGAGCUGUUGUGAAGAUUCACCAGAGGCAAGAAUUAAAAUGACAGAUGUAACUGCAUCGUUAAUCAAAAUCAAGACCUUAGUUAUGCGAUGAAAAACGAAAUCAAAAAAUAGUACUAACUGGUUUUGGGUUAUUUAUUAGCCUAGAAUAAUCCU